GACUACGAAAAUUGGCAUACUGUGAAGAGUGCCCCCCCUGAUUUUAAACAUGUUUUAAACCUCGCUUCCCUUCCUCAUUAGUUUGGAUUUGUUCAUAAAAACUGCGUUUGUUUAAAUUAGUUUUAUUAGUCCAAAAUUGGUAAUAAUACUAAUGUAGAUAGAAGUUAUAUGGAUAGUGCAAUCUUAUAAAUCCUGUUACACACUUGAAAAUACAGAAUGACUACUUAUGGAGAAAUCGUAGAACCUGUUUCUCGAACUGCUUGGGAAGACUGGGAUGAUAUUACUUUUGAAAACAGUUACAUUAAAUUGGAUUGGAUGCUCAAAACAACAGUUCCAGAUAUCAUCAAUACAUUAGUUCUAUUAGAAGGGAAAUACUUGUAUGACUGUGUCAAAAAUCAAUCAGAUAAUGUUUUGACAAUGAUAAAUUCAAUCAAAGAAGUUAAUUUAAAUGUUCAUAAGCAUCAACAGUUGAACCUGUACAUAUGUGUUAUAAGAGAUUAUAACUUAUUACAAAGUAGUGAAAUAGUUGAAAUAUUGAAGCCAUACAUUCUUGUGAGCAAGAAUGUUGUAGCAAUCCAAACAAAACCAUUAAUUGAAUUUCAGACUCAUGAACUUAUAAAUAAAAGCUGUUUAAUUAGAACUAUUUGUUCAACUAAAACUUCAAAUUUAAAUUUUGACUAUCCUAAAUUACAACAGCCUAAUUUUAUCUCAGGAGUGUCUGCAGGAGCAAUUUGCCUAAGAGAGCAAUUGGACCUUCCUGGAACAGCAGUUGUUUGUUAUAUGGAACACCCAGAAGUUUAUAAAGUCGAAGAGAUUCAAAAACUUUUAAAGGAGCUCAAAGUAAUAUCUAAUGACAAUUCAGGACCAGACAAUGUGUUUAAUUCUAACUUAUAUAUUUGAUAAAUAAAAGUAUUUAUUGUUUU